AUGAAUGAACACACAAAAAAUGAUGCAUACCAAAAUAUAAAUAAAUAUGUGAACUUAAUUGAAGAUUCUUAUAUAAGUUUCAACGCAAAUAUACACAUAAAUACGGAUACAAAUGAAAGGAAAGAAAAUAAUGAUAUUUUAGAAAAUUCAAAUAAUAGUGAUAAUUCUUCUAGUAAUUCUAAUAUUUUAUCAGACAAUAAUGAUAAGAAUAUAAAUAACAAUGAUAUUAACGAAAAAAAAAAAAAAAAAAAUUUAGAAAAAUAUAAAAGUUUAAAAAAAGAUAACGACAUUAAAUUAGCGGUGAAAAUUUCUCUUCAAUAUUUGCUAAAAAAACAACCCUUUCCUGUUAAAAGAGAUGAUUUAUUUUCAGUUGUAAAUAAUUAUGUACCAAAUUGUAAUAGUAAUUUAAAAAGAAAAGUACUUUUGAAAUUACUAAAAAAAUAUGUAAAUGAAAUUCUUGCAUUAAAAUUAUUAACCUUAACAAGUAAUACAAAAACAGAAUAUGUAUUAUCACAAAAUAUUUUAUAUAAACAACACAAUGAUUUUUUAUAUUCGAAACUUGAUCAUAACAUUAGAGGUUUUAUAAUAUUUUUAAUUCCUUUCUUUAAAAUAUUUCAUAAUAAACUACCUUUAAAUUAUUUGUUAAAUGAAUUAGCUAAUCUUGGAUAUAAAACUUCGAAAUCAAAAGACGAAAUCUUAAAAAUUCUUAAUGCACAAAAUAUUUUUACAAAUAUAGUAAGCAAUAUUAAUUUAUAUAAAGAAAUUGUUGAUCCGAUUGAUUAUAUUAUUUAUUCUAAAAAAUUAUCAUACAUAGACUUUAUUAAUGAUCAAUAUGAUGAAUAUUCCCUUGACGGGUUUUAUUGUAUACCUACAUUAAGGUUUGAAUAUGAAGUUAAUACUAAACAUUAUAUAAAUGAAUUAUUAAAUAUUUCAAAUAAGCAUUAUCAAUUAAAAGACCUAUAUGUAAUUUUUGAGGAUAAACAUUUUUUUAAUUUAAAUUAUAAUAAUAUAUAA